AUGGGUACUAUCGCGAGUCACGACUGUAUGAGUGAUGAAUCUAAGGAGCCACUACCAAUGACACCAAACAAGACGGGGAUGUUGCGAGUACAAAAGCGAUUAAUUCCAAUGCGAUCGGACAGUAGCAGUGGUGAUGAUAUUACUAGUAUCGAUGAUGGAGAUAGACAAAAAAUGGUCCAGCCAGCGCUUAUUUGGAGAGAGAAAGAAGGGUCCGCAACGAAUGCCGAUGUCAAAAUGAAGAAUAUUCGGCGGUAUUUGCGAGCGGCACGGGCGUUGUAUGAGAUGCAAUAUCAGAUGAAGCGACCGUCGGCUAUGUUGAAAAUGAGGCCUAACUCGUAUGGGUUUAAAAGCCGAUCAACGUUCGACGCGUUGGCAGCACUGGUGUCUCCUCUGCGAGCACAUCAGGUUCUUGAUGAUUGGACAGGAAUUGAAGUCGGUCUCUUCGAGGAGGCUUAUGAUCGCUUUAGCAAGGACUUUUACGCCAUUGCUGAGCAGCUCCCGAAGAAAACGGUAAAGGACAUUAUCGCGUUUUACUAUGUUUGGAAGAAGCAUGGAUCAUGUGCGAAACUUCGCGACAAUGUCAAUAUGCCAGACGAUUUUCUACCGGAGCCUGAACCAGACGUAUGCAGCGAGACGCUCGAGCUGAUGGAUCGUCUUCGAAAGCGACAGGUUUACAUUCAAGAUUACCUUGACGCUGCUCGAGCUAUGUAUUCUCCUCAGCCAACGUAUGCAUCCAACCACAAAAGGCAAAAGAUUUCCGCCUUUGGCUUACAGCGCGUCUCCUGCUUUCACCAAGGCCCUAAAGGGUUAUCACCAUUGCGGGUUUCGUCGGUGUUGGACACAUGGACUCUGUUUGAGAUCAGAGUGUUUGAAGUUGCGAUCGAGUGCUACGGCAAGGAUUUCCCACGAAUUGCCGAUGUAAUUAGCAGCAAGUCCUGCGGAGACGUGGUCGCGUUCUACUACGUUUGGAAAAACGAUUCCCACUACCAAGUCGUGAAAAAUCGGUGGGAAAGGAAGGAUGAAGCGCCUCUAACCAAGAAUACUUCGGCUGACUUCCGUAACUAG